AUGUAUAAAUCGAACAUCAUCGUGGCGUCGGUGUCUAUAGGGGCCGUGGUGAUUACCGCCAUCUCACUGCUAUCAUUCGCCGCGAUCGUGCGUGACAUCAACGGACUUCAGGAUGAGAUCCAGAAGGGCGUCCAUGAGUUUAAGACCGUGUCUGACGAUGCUUGGAUCCGAAUUAACACAGUGAGCGUGCCCCAUGGCGCCUCGGAGCUUCCAUUCGGCACCAUCUUCGGCAGAAACAAGCGUCAGGCCGGUUCUCAAUGCCGUAGUGCCCCGCAGGACCGGUUGGACCUCCUGGCCUCCCUGGAUGCGAAGGACCUCCCGGCAAAGACGGACAACCCGGCCGACGUGGACCCGUUGGAGAGGAUGGAGAACCAGGCCCUCAGGGAUGGUGACAACGGUGAGGAUGGAACCCCCGGACAAGACGGACAGCCUGGAGAACAGGGUCUGCCUGGCCUCCGUGGUGAUGAUGGCCGUCCUGGAAACCCUGGUGCUCCUGGAGUUGCCGGAGACGAUGGUGAAUACUGCUCGUGCCCUCUGAGCAGUGCCGCCCGCAAGGUGCGCAAGGUCGAGCUGGUCGCCAAGGCCCCAGAAGUACACCGCAUCGAGCGUGUCCCCCACCACAACCGUCAACACCGCCGCCGCCCUCAACACUUCCACAACCGCGCCGCGCUCAAGCAU